AUGCUGACUGCUGACACGGACAGGGCUGCGGGUCCCCACGGCGAACCCUGGGCAGUGCCGGUGUGGCCGGGCUGCAGGGCAAGCUCAUUUGGCUCGAUUGUAGAAAGAGGCUUCCACCUGUCCCACAAGGUCACCAGCGUCGUCCCCGAGAGCGCACUGCUAAUCGUGCUGGGCCUGGUGCUGGGCGGCAUUGUGUGGGCAGCCAACCACACCGCCUCCUUCACGCUCACGCCCACCGUCUUCUUCUUCUAUCUGCUGCCGCCCAUCGUCCUGGACGCCGGCUAUUUCAUGCCCAACCGGCUAUUCUUCGGCAACCUGGGCACCAUCCUUCUGUACGCCGUCAUUGGCACCGUGUGGAACGCGGCCACCACAGGCCUGUCCCUCUAUGGCGUCUACCUCAGCGGCCUGAUGGGAGACCUGAACGUUGGGCUGCUGGACUUCCUCCUGUUUGGCAGCCUGAUCGCUGCGGUGGACCCAGUGGCUGUCCUGGCGGUGUUUGAAGAGGUCCAUGUCAAUGAGGUCUUGUUCAUCAUCGUCUUUGGGGAGUCUCUGCUGAAUGAUGCGGUCACCGUGGUCCUGUACACCGUGUUUGAAUCUUUCGUGACGCUGGGUGGUGACAAGGUGACUGGCGUGGACUGCGUGAAAGGCAUAGUGUCCUUCUUCGUGGUGAGCCUGGGGGGCACGCUGGUGGGGGUCGUGUUCGCGUUCCUGCUCUCCCUGGUGACCCGCUUCACCAAACACGUGCGCAUCAUCGAACCCGGCUUCGUGUUCGUCAUCUCCUACCUGUCCUACCUCACUUCCGAGAUGCUGUCCCUGUCGGCCAUCCUGGCCAUCACCUUCUGCGGCAUCUGCUGUCAGAAGUACGUGAAGGCCAACAUCUCGGAGCAGUCCUCCACCACCGUGCGCUACACCAUGAAGAUGCUGGCGAGCGGGGCCGAGACUAUCAUCUUCAUGUUCCUGGGCAUCUCGGCCGUGCACCCCCAGAUCUGGAAGUGGAACACGGCCUUCGUGCUCCUCACGCUGGUCUUCAUCUCCGUGUACCGGGCCAUCGGUGUCGUCCUGCAGACCUGGGUCCUGAACCGCUACCGCAUGGUACAGCUGGAGGCCAUAGACCAGGUGGUCAUGUCCUACGGCGGCCUGCGCGGGGCCGUGGCCUACGCCCUGGUCGUCCUUCUGGACGAGAAGAAGGUCAAGGAGAAGCAGCUGUUCGUCAGCACCACCAUCAUCGUCAUCUACUUCACCGUCAUCUUCCAGGGCCUGACCAUCAAGCCCCUGGUACAGUGGCUAAAGGUGAAGCGGAGUGAGCACCGAGAGCCCAAACUCAACGAGAAGCUGCACGGCAGGUGGACACGGACACCCUGCCCCCGUCCUCCCCGAGCCUGGCCCACGGCCUCCUGGUGCCGACACUGUCUGGUUUCACCCCCCAGGUGGUCCAAUUUCGAUAGAAAAUUCCUCAGCAAAAUCCUUAUGAGAAGGUCGGCCCAAAAGUCACGUGACAGAAUCCUUAAUGUUUUCCACGAGCUCAACUUGAAGGACGCCAUCAGCUAUGUGGCCGAGGUAAGGACGCUCCGCGUGUUGUCUGUGUGGGAAAUGGGGCUGCAGCGGGACACAGGCACGGGAUGUGACAGCCACUGGAGUUUGCCACGGGGUGGGGUGAUGGGGCCGCUGCCAGGCCACAGUGAGCUCUUCUCAGUGGCCCACCCACAAGUGCACCUGGGCCCCCCGACACCCAGACGGUGCCUCAACCCGACGCCUGCGGGCUCCUCCCUGCUUCAGGCCUGCACGGAGGCGGCGGCACCUGGGGGCGUGUGCACCGCGCAGUGCCGGUUUCAUUCUGAUUCUCAGAGGAACAGCAGCAUCCCGAACGGGAAACUGCCCAUGGAGAGCCCCGCGCACUUCACCAUUGAGGAGAAAGACUUGGAACUUUCUGACCCGGAGGAGGCCCCCAACUACAGCACUGAGGAGAUGAGUGGGGGGAUCGAGUUCCUGGCGAACGUCACAAGGAAUGAAACAGUGGACUCCCCCUCAGGAAUUGACAACCCCGUGUUCUCCCCGGACGAGGACCCGAGCAUCCUGUCCAGGGUGCUGCCCUGGCUGUCCCCCGGGGAGACGGUGGUGCCCUCCCAGAGGGCCCGCGUGCAGAUCCCCCACUCUCCCGGCAACUUCCACCGCCUGGCUCCCUUCCGCCUCAGCAGCAAGUCAGUGGACUCCCUGCAGCUGGCCGAAGGCCCCCAGGAGCAGCCCCACGGCUCCCCACCCGAGUCCACACACAUGUAA